AUGACCGCGGACUCGCCAAACCCUUCGCUUGUCUUCAUUGCCGUCUUCGAAAGGGUGCGACAAUUUCAUAUUCCCGUCCAGCUCCUUUCUCAGACACUCGGGUCUCUUGACUCCCCGCAACAGCCUCCGACCCUGCCACCCGCCGUCCUGCGCUCCCUCUCCGGGGUUCCAUCCGCCAUUGCAAAAUUAACCCUCUCGACAGACGACGCUUGCUCGGCCCACGCUAGAGAUUUCCAGCAUCUCGGUGGGUCGCAAGACCCCCCGCCCCCUUUGGUUAACAUCCUCCACUCAAGCCGCGCACAUGUCGUCACAUCGCACAAGGGAACAGAUCCGACUGGUCUCACCCCGUCCCAUUCUAACUGCCUUCCGCAUUAG